UGUAAACAAUAACAUGUCAAAAAAUCACUCAAAACUGUCAUAUUUAAAAGUGGGAUGUUUCCCGUAUUUCAAUAAAUAAAAAGGAAUUAUAAAUAUAAAAAUGGAUUCCCCAAGAGAACCCGAUAUCAAUUUAUUGAGUUCGACGGAUUUUGCACCUGAAAAAUACGUAAGAGAUCUGUCCCAACAUUGCGUUGGAGGUCCUGAAUUAAGAAGAUUAAGGAAAAAAAUUCAGAGCCUUUCUGAAGAAACCAACAGCACACUGAAAAGGAAUGUUUAUCAGAAUUACAUGCAAUUUAUUGAAUCAGCCAAAGAAAUAUCACAUUUAGAAAGUGAAAUGUAUCAACUAUCCCACUUACUAUCGGAACAAAAAUCACUACUCACAUCUUUGUGCAGCACUUCCAUAUUAGGAGAUGAUUCAAUGCUGAUUAGAAGAUCAGAAAAUAAAGAUGACGAAGAUAAAAAACAAGAAGAAUUCAAUCGGGAAAAAAUUGCAAGCAUAUUAGAAAAAGUGGAAGGAUGUAAAGAGCUGCUUGAAGUGCCUGAACGAACUUAUCUAUAUGAGGGACCAUUGGUAGAGUUGGAUCCUCUGGAUAAUAAUCCGGUUAAAAAUGUACAGGCGUAUUUGUUUUCCGAUAGCCUUAUGAUCGCCACAAGGAAUAGUCAAGGGUUGAUGAAAUAUGUUUUUGAAGUCAUGUAUGAAAUCGGAAGUUUAGCAGUUGUAAAUGUAAAAGAUUUAGGAAACAUCAAACAUGCCUUCAAACUAUUGAUUUUCCCAGAUACGAGAGUCUUCAAGUGUAAUUCUGGAGCAGUAAAGAAAGAGUGGCUUGAUAAAAUCGAUCAAGCAAAAAAAUCCAAAUUGAACCAUGAUCAACAAAAAAGGGAAUCGACAAUAGAAAAAUCACCUUCUCGAUCUGCUUCUAUCGAUUCACCCAGUAUCAAUCCUUUCGAAGAAUCAGAGGAAGAUGGGGAAAUAACCCAUCCUGAAUGGUUUCUGGAAGCACCAGAAGAGUUGGAUGUGUGCGUUGCUCAAAGACAUUUUGAGGAUGCCCUUAACCUCCUUCAGAAAGCUAUAGAAUACGCAACGCAUGCGCCACAGGAUCAUCUCCUGUUGGAGGUUCAAAAGAAGGUAGAUCAGAGACACAGUCAUCUGACUGAAGUUUUAAUGAAAGAACUGGAAAUUCGACCUGGAAAAUCGAUGCAAGGGGGCCUGGGAGCUUCUAGACGAGCUGUACGCCUCUUGAUCACAUUGGGACAGCCAAAUCAGGCCUGCGACUUAUUCCUUAAUAUCUGUACUUGCAUGUUGAAAAUACAGUGUAAAAGAGUGAAGAGAGAAGGAUCCACUUCUAUGUACAUAAAGCAUUUAUCCAGCGUCAUCUUCACGAAUAUUUGCCAUAUGACCGAAGAAUUUUUGAGAAACUUUUUAAAUUCCCCUAGCUGUUAUUCAGCAUAUGUAGUCUGGGUGAGUGCGCAGCUGUCUCAGUUCAUAGCUCAUUUUGUUAAACAAGUCUUCGGUCCACAAGCUUCGAUGUCAAUUGUUGCGGAAUGUGUCGAUUUAGUGAGAUGUCAGUGUGAAAGGUUAUGCAAUUAUGGGGUUGAUAUGUGCUACCAAUUAGAUGGCCUACUGCGGUCUUCUAUCACAAGAACCUUGAGAGACACCAGAGAUAAAUACGUUGAUUCCAUAAGAAUAAAAGCAGCUGAAGAUAAUUGGACACCAACCAACUUGAAGUCGAAAAAUGCCCUCUUGAAAUUUCUGCAAGAAUAUUCUGAUUUAGGCUUGAAAUUAGAUUCUUUCAUCACAGGUGAUAUUUGGUUGCAACUCACUUCUAAUAAUCUAAUUUUCACAAAGAAUUUCUUGAACUUGCUGAGGGAUUGCAUAAAAUUAAAAACGACAAAGCUUCUUUAUGCAAUAGAUGAAACACUUUAUGCAGUGUUUGAUGCUCAAAUCAGACAUCACGAGCUAACUUUACGUGAGGAAAAAAGAAGUGAACAAAGAAAACUAGUAACCAAAAAUGCAGAAUUUCUCCUCACCUCUUUUCUUGAGGUCUGUCAGAGGGAAUACCAAGAAAGUAUAGGUUUUCCUUGUGACACUUUGCUCCAGAUUCAGAAAGAGUAUUCAGCAUUAUUGAAUGGAAUAUCGCCCACUAGUAGAAGUACGAAGACGAAAUACUCUUCAGAGUUUCUAUAAAAGUGUUAAAAUUUUUUAUAUUAUAUAAAAUUGUAGAUUUAAGAAAAUAACGAAACUGUCAAAUGUACAAAACCAUUCAGAGAGUUAUGUUUGUGGGAAUUCAAUAUUUGCCACUUUCAAUGGAAACUAGCUUCAAAUAAAUUAUAUAUUCAAACA